UCAUCAGCUCAUUAGUGAAGACUCCAAGACCUCAAAUGUGUGUCAGAUAAGAGACACCAAAAAUGUGCAGUGUUGGGGGUUCUCCAGGACCAGGAUUGGAAACAACUGCUUUGAAGGACUGGUUCACACAAAAAUUAAAACUUGAUGAAAAUUUACUCACUCUCAGGUGGCCCAAGUUUGUUUCUUUGGAUUGGAUUACUUACCCACCAAUGGAUCCUCUGCAGUGAAUGGGUGCCGUCAAAAUGAGAGUUUAAGCAGCUGAUAAAAACCUCACAAUAAUCCACAUGACUGCAGCUGAUCAGUUAAAUUCUUAAAGCAAAACGCUGUAUGUUUAUUAUAAACAAAACCAUCAUUAAGAUGUUUUUAACACUUCAAACUGCUGCUGACUAAAAUACGAGUUCUGUCCAUUUUUUUUUCUUUAAAGGCGGAUUUGAAUAGUCUUGAUGACAAAGUAAAUUGCAGAGGUGAGUUUGAAGAGAGCUCGUUCAGGCCCCGCCCCCUCCUGAAGGUACACCGCAGAUGAUAACUGUCGCACUCGCAUACGAAUCAGAUUCAGGAUGAACAGAUGCAUUAUGAUGAAGUGCGCGAGUCGGAUGCCUUAGCUUAUACGAUUUUGGUGAUCGAAGCUAAACAUUUAUCAGAUCCGAAAAGCUGAUUUAAAGAUCGAGCAAAGGCAGUUAUGUCUAAGGCAGAAUGGGGCAAAUUUGCCUUUGUUCCUCCAGGACACAGAGGUCUUGUGCAAACGGCGUGAGAUAGCUGCUUUUCAGCUGGAGCCAGCCAGAAACAACACGAUUCCGCCAACAAACUAACAUAACUUGUGCGCAUAAGAUGCGUGGAAAAAGGUGUGCGUUACAGAUGGGGAUGUGAUUCAUGUGAGCUUCUCGUGCAGACCACAUGGGGUAGAAGUAUCUGGAAGUUGCAGAGCUGCAAACGGGGAGCAUCACUGUAGGAGGCUCGAGACGCGCAUCACACUGUCCCGCGUUUAGAUGAUGAAUUUCUGACAGAGCGCUAGAAAAUUACCGUGGACCACAUUGGAGACCUUUUGCAGCAUAAAAAACAAUUGCAAUGGAUUUUUCACUAAAAAGUACAUAAAAUGUGUGCAGUUAAUGAAGUACGCUACAGAAAGUAAUGCUGCUCUUUCGCUCGGAAGGAAUGAAAAUCGCUCUGGAUUACAAGCCUUGUUAUGAUGUUCAGAACUGCGUGUAUACUUUCACUCAAUCAAGCAGGUAUUUGAAAAGGUGUCUCUGAAAUAAGUGACCGUGAUUUUUCGUUUGGAGGUGAGGACUAGUAUAACAACACAAAUGGAGUUGCCGCUGGUGGUUUUUACGGUAGUGUGUUGGGUCUCCGUAUGGUCGGACGACCGGAUCAUCUCAGACAGACAUGCGGUCUACUGGAACAGUUCAAACUCCAGGUUCUGGCAGGGUGAAUAUACCGUGGCUGUGAGCAUCAACGACUAUCUGGACGUGUACUGUCCGUACUACGAGAGCCCCCAGCCUCACAGUCGCAUGGAGCGCUACAUCCUUUUCAUGGUGAACCAUGAUGGUUACCUCUCCUGUGAACACCGCAUGAGAGGCUUCAAGCGGUGGGAGUGUAACCGGCCCCAGAGUCCCGACGGACCCCUGCGCUUCUCUGAGAAGUUUCAGCUCUUCACCCCCUUCUCACUUGGUUUUGAGUUCCGACCUGGACACGAGUACUAUUAUAUAUCCUCUCCUCAUCCUAACCAUGCUGGCAAGCCGUGUUUAAAGUUGAAGGUGUACGUGAAGCCUACAAAUGGUUCGGGCUACGAGUCUCCAGAGCCAUUCCUGACUGAUCAGAGCCAGCGCUGCAGGGCAGAUGGCCCGUGUCUAGCUGUGCUGCUGCUGUUGCUGCUGGCCUUUCUGCUGGCCUGCGUUUAAGAAGCUCCGCCGCUGCCCAGACUGCCUACCGCUCUCCCUCCAUCUAUACUCCCUCAGGGAAGCCCUCUCAUCCAGACCCCAGGCUCACAGGCUAACACGCAGUCGGAUUCUUGCAUCUUCUUUUUUACUGAGCGAGCUCCUCGCCACUGAUCCGAGGACAGAGACAUUCGCCCUGCUUAGCGGCUGAUGUAAAGCUGAACACCUGGAGUCUGUCGUGGAAUGUGACCUUUUAUAUAUGCUGUCAUGUAAUCGAGGCUUGUAUUCAUGUGCCAUUUAGUCACGUUUCAGGGCAUCGCGGUUUACAAAAGAUUUCUGACAAUAAUUUGGAUAGCUAUAUUGCCCCCCACACCAUCUUUACACCAUACUCAGCCCAGAAAUAAAGAGGACUUUAUCCUCCUAAUAACAAAUGACACCAAAGGACUCUCUUCAGAGUUUUAGUUUUAUUUUCUGUUUGAAGGGAGAGAAGAAAUGUGUUUUGUGGUAGCCAGCAGCUAGGGACUUAGUGUUAGAUAUUCACAUGCAUGUGAAACACUGUGAAACAGAGAAAAACUGAUCUUCUUACAAUAGUAACAAUAUAUUUUUAUUAGCAAAAACUUGACCUUCUAGCCACUCUUCUGGUGGAGUUUGGAUCAGACGCAGCCAAAUUUCAGUGCUCACUGCUGGCCCUCGCCUCAAAACUGUGUGUCUGCUGGCGGGACAAGGACGGCAAAUCUCUGAUAUUGCUUUGGUGCAAACCCAAAUGCCGCUUAAUAAAACUCUGCAUUGGUUUUUCUUUCCAGCUCUGUGGGACAAACAAGCAAUGGAAAAUUAAAAAAAAAUGAUCUGUGAGGAUCAGGGACUAGCCACUUUUAAUUCACAGACGCAUGCACUGCGGGCAUGGACGAAAAGGAAAUGGAUUUUUUGUAUUCUAUUCCAUGUUAUUUUUGUAGCAUUUAAAAGCAACAUUUAUUAUUCAUGUGAUAUGAGGAACGGUUUUAGCGUCUUGAGAGGAGAUACAGUGUGUGAGUCAGCAUUCGGACAUAUUCAGAAAGGCCCACUCUCACUCUUUACUGUUGUUAUUGUGAUCUUGUCAAACUGUAUUCAGUAUUUAAAGAGACAGAAAUAAUUUCUUUCCAUCUGAUUCAAUUGUGUCCUCUUUUUCAUGUGACGUUUUGUACAGCCAACAUGUUCUGUCAAAUUGAAGAAACAUGCUGAAAUAAAAAAAUAAAGCAUUUUUGUCUACAAGAUGCACAGAAAGGUGCAUUGUCUGAAGCUGACAAGUGACAUUUUGGCACAGCUUUAUGUAGCAUAGAUGUAAACCCUAUUAUAUAUUUAGAAUGGGAUGCAGACAUCAGUGUUAAAGAGCCCUUUUGAUUUUUUUUCCACUUCUGAAAACACUAAUUGGCAACAAAAACCACUACAGCACUUUGCUGAACACUUCUUUGUUUCACUGUGCACUGUGUGAAGUUCAUUGUGUGCAAUGUCUAAACGUUGAUUUUUUUUUUAAUUUCAAGGUAAAUAAGUUAGCAGGUUUUCAGUAGCCCUCUUUUAAGAAAUUAAUACUUGUAUUUAGCAAGGAUGCAUUAAAUCAAUCAAAAAUGACAGUAAAGACAGUUUAUAAUGUUACAAAAGAUUUCUCUUUCCAACAAAUGCUGUUCUUUUGAGCUUUA